GUGUGGCCUGGGGGCACGGCUGCGGGACAUCAAGGUUGGUAGGGUCUCAGAGCUGAGGGACGCUCUCUUCCAGGAUGCCUCGCCGUCAUCUUCUUCCUUCACUGCCAUCAAAAUGAAGCGGAGGGGCAGAACGUCGGAUGGCCACUCCUGUGACUGCACCGACAAGCCCAAGAAGAAGGAGAUGGAGGCUUCGCCCCUGAACCUCUUUGCCAAGGAGGAGAAGUCUACGGAUCAGCUGGCCAAGGAGCUCGAAAGGGAGCGUCAGCAGGCGGAGAGGGAAAACGCCGACCAGGAGAUGGGCAAAGCCUUCGGGGACUUCGAGUUGGAGAAGGCGGACUACGACCAGGCCAUGGCAGACGUGGAGACGGCGUGGCAGGACUUCGCGGCUCAGAAGCCGAAGUACGAGACCGCCUUCUGGCUCACGAAGGCCAUUCAUGACGCAGAGUGCCAGAAGCUGAUGGAUGACCAUCACCUGGUAGAUGCCGAGUGCCAUAAGAACUGGCUCACCGCGCGAGAGGAGUACUUCGCUCGGGUGCUUGCGCCGCAGUGCGUGAAGGGCGAGACGGCCGCCUUCGAGUUUCAGGUUCCGUCUUCUCUGGCGGUGCUGGCGCCCUGCAGUGCCCCGAAGCAAGAAGGACCCACCGGCGAUGGGGACCAGCGGAUCCUGCUGCUCCUGCAAGGGGGCGCAGACGACUCCAAGAGGCCCGGGAGACAAACUCGGAAGAGGUCGUCCACUGAGUUCACCAUCAUCAUUGACCGAAGGAAUGGUGAAGGCCUUGGGAUAGACGCGGCGCCUGAAAAGGUUGGCACGCUGGAGAUCAAGAGUGUCACCCCUGGGGGCCUCGUAGAUAGGUGGAACCAGGCGCAACAGCCAGGAUCCAAGGAGAUAGUGAGGCCAGGCAUGCGCGUGGUGGAGGUGAAUGGUCGCUUCAACAGCGCUGUGGGCUUGAUUGCGGCCUGCCGUGAGGCAGAGGCGGGGGCAUCCGCGGAACGCGCGGAUCCGACUCGACGAUCGGAUCGGACGGGGGCCUUGGAGCCUUGGAGGUUGCGGCUGGUGUUGCUCUGCCUGGUUUUGCUGGGUGCGGAGGGCCUGCGGAAGCACCACAAGAGGCACGUUCGCCACCACGCGCCAAAGCCCCAGGCGGCGCUGCUCUCGUCCAGCGUGGAGGAGCAGCUGGCGGAGCAGCUGGUGAGGGAGGCCGAGGCCUCCGCGAAUUUGGAGGACCCCCCCAAGGAGGCCAAGGCUGAGGUGAAACCAAAGGCCGAGGUCAAGGCCAAGCAGACAGUCCCGGAGAACAAGACCAAGGUGCCAAAGGACACAAAGAAAGAGGUGAAUGGGGACAACAGCACCGAGGAGGAGCCGGGAGCCGCAAGCCGGUGA